AAUUUUUCCAAAUAAACACAGCUUGAUUCGACCUGGGUGGGCAGACUUAUCAAGCGACUAAUUCUAUAAACAGAUGAGGGAAUAACCCGAAACCUCAUUGGCUGUUGGGCAAAAAAAGUGUGUGUGGGGGGGUGGUUCAGCGCAAUGAAAUUUUAAUUAAUGUGGGUGGGCUGAGAACAUCACCGACUGUUUAUGAUGGUCAAUUUAUUCCCCAGUGCAAAGUCAACAUAACACAGCGAGAGUACAACAAGUAUUAACAUGUCCUGGGGCCCGGUGGGGCAGGGUGAGUCAGUCAGUGGCCGAGAGGAGCUCCGGGAGCAGGCUAUACUUUCCCCGGGAGACACACUGCAGGGUCCCCGGCGUCAUGACUCUCUACCACGGCCGUCUUGGGAUGCCGCCCACGGCUUUGAGCCUCUCCGGCCCCCCUCUUAUCUACCUGUAUGGAGGGGACAGUCGAGGGGUCGUGCCCGCCGCCUUGAGCUUCGUGCCGGCCCGCCAGGAGAGUCCGCAAAAGCCCCCUUACAGCUACAUCGCGCUCAUCGCCAUGGCCAUCAAGAGCGCGCCGCAGCAGCGCGCAACACUCAGCGGCAUCUACCAGUUCAUCAUGGACCAGUUCCCCUUCUACCACGAUAACAAGCAGGGUUGGCAGAACUCCAUCCGCCACAACCUGUCCCUGAACGACUGCUUCAUCAAGGUGGCCCGAGAGAAGGGCCGGCCCGGCAAAGGCAGCUACUGGACGCUGGACACCAAUUGCUUGGACAUGUUCGAGAACGGCAACUACCGUCGGAGGAAGAGGAAGGCGAAGAGCCAGCAGGAUGCUCUUGACCCCAAAGCCGCAGGACACAAGCGCACGAAGGUCCUGGGUCCUUCCAGGGACCACCGAUCCUCUGUGGGGCAUCCGGCUGGCUCGGUUAUAGAGGCACCGGCGGGGCAGCACGCCGAGGCGGCGGAAACGCAACCGGACGCGAAGAUGUACCACGCGGAACAGACUGCUCCCAGGUCUGAACUGUCCCCCAACCGAGACACACUUGCAUCCAUACGCGGGACAUGUCCAGUGCCGAGUCGCGCCCCGCUCUGGACGGACGCUGUGCACGUCCAAGGCGCGCCCCCGCGCCGCGAGCCAGAGGACAGAACGUCAGCGGUCAGUGGAAGAGACAAGGAGAGAGGUCCCCUCUGCGCCGUCAGUUUCAGAAACACCAACUUGACCACGUUGGUGCACGACAGGCCGAAGGGACACGCGCUGAGCAGGGAUAAAUCCAAAAGUUUUAGCAUCGACAGCAUCUUAUCGAGGAGCGAAGACGACAUGCGCAGCAGCGUCCUCGGGUUGUCCGCGGAGACAUUGGAGACAUGCGCAGAGCGCAGUGCGCCCGCGGUCCUCGGCGCGUGGCCGCACCAGUUUUACCAGAUGGGAUUCCCACUGUGCUCCUACCCUUCCCUUACCCGGCUGCAUUUUAAAUGAGAACAGCUGAGACCCUCUUCUAUUUUUCUCACAAAUUGAAUUGAAAACUCAGUCAUUAGUUUUGAAUGACGAUAAAGUGUCGUACUCCUCUGAUCUGUUCAGAACCUCCUCAUCACCAUCGCCAUCCUCAUCAUCACAACCCAUAGCAGAGAAGACGCUUUUAGAUUCCCUUUUACGAAUGCUUACUUUCCUCUGGUAAUUCUUUGUGGUCAAUAUUCAAAAGCUGUUUCCAGCUAAAGUAUGUAUGAGGUCCAUGUGUGCAUUGAGUGAAAGCUCAGUGCUUCUCUCUUCAUUAACUGAAAGCUGACAGCUUCUCUGCACAUCCAUGUGGAAAGAAUCUUAGGUCUAUAAAAAGAAAAAGAUGUUCAAAGUUUCAUUGAGCUCUCUGCGUGUGCAAAAAAGGUUUUGGGAGGAAAACAACAUUAUGAUUUAUUUAAAACCAAAACGUCAAAAAAGAAAUUGUGUUGGAAGAUUGUUUGAAUGCAAUGUCACUGAGGACUGAGGCAUUCAGUGUUUCUGUCCUGUAAACUUGUUUUAUUAAAAUGUAUUAUUUAUCCAACGUUUUUGGAUAAAGAUAUUAGGAGUUUUCCUUAACAUUUUCCAGUUCAAUCAACUUCAAUCUUUAAGAAACAUCAUCGAGGGAAUAAAGAUUAACAUUGUCUCAAUGACGCUAUGAUUUACCUUUUAUAUUUUGUAUGUAUGUAUCAUUUGAAAUAUAGAAAGUAAAGUUGAAUAAUACCUCAACAAUAUUAAUCAUCAGUUUUCAAAUUGAACUGGGUGAAUUAUGAAUAGUAGGUCAUAAAUAAAAAAUAAUCCAAAUGAUAAAAUGAAAUACUUUUAAUACUUAAAAUACCAACAGUAACAGAUUGUGGGUCAGAGUGCUUUGUUGAUGAACACUACAGCAUGAAGGUAGGUUAACGGAAUGAGCUUAUUCUUUUGAAUUUCUCAUGUGGUAAAUAAAAAAAUAACAAAACUCACUCACGGUC